UUCGCCCGUACCACUUGGAGGUAAAAACAUGAGAUAUCUUCCAAUAACAUCAACGUCACCAACCACCAUCACCAACUUCUUAGCACCGCGAUGAAUAAUUACAAAGAAAGGAAGAGAAUAAAGUGUACGAGGUUUUCUGAUGUUUACAGUGCCAUUUGUGCAAAGACAAACUUACAAGUUGCCAUCAAAGUCGUCUGUACAGACGACGAACGUCCUCCACAUUGCUCACGCGACGAAGUUCGUCUAUUGAAGCAGUUUGCCCAAGAGAAGGCACCAGCCAAUAUCACGACACUUUUAGAUGUCUUUACAGAGGAUCUCACUGAUACCGCCAUGGUGUUCCCAUAUUACGCCUUUACACUUACAAGUUGGCUCAGACGACAUGCGAAGAGGACCAAAGCUUCACACUUCAAUCCAUACAUCAACGUGGAUUCAAGGCCGACAACGGCUGAAUAUAUCAGCAGUUUAACUUUAGAAGAAGGCGUUGAAAUUAUAAAAGGUGUCGCCAAUGGCUUGGACUUUCUCCAUGGAUUAGGCGUCAUCCAUCGUGACAUAAAACCGGAUAACAUCAUGUUCCAGGGCUAUAACCCAACGCCUGUGAUUAUUGAUUUUGGCAUCAGCUACAAGAUUCCUAACAACUUUGGCAAGGAGUCUGAUUCAAACAAGAUUUGUGAUAUUGGUACUGGCAUCUACAAGGCACCAGAGCUCCUCUUUCACAUUGCAGACUAUGGAUAUGGUGUUGACAUUUGGGCCCUAGGAAUAGUUAUGACGUUGGUUUUCAGCAAAGAUCUCAAGCCCGUAUUUGAAGAUGAAGACAUUGUUGAUUUCAAACUGAUGGGGAUGAUAUUUUCAACUUUUGGAACCCCAUCAUUGGAGAUAUGGCCAGAAGCAGCGAAGUCUACAACUUUUGAACGUCUUCAACUUUUACCUCAUCCUGGUAAACCGAUGGAACAGAUAUUACCAGGUGUUGACAAUCAGAUAAGAAAAGUAUUCCAAAAAAUGAUGACUUACGAAUCAAAAGAGAGAAUCAGCGCUAAAGAGAUAUAUACUUUACUCAGCUGAUCAUCUACUGUUGCAGCAUUUUGCACACCUUGUGCACAACCACCCCCUUGCAUGCUACUCGAAUGGCUUCAGAAUAGCUAAUGCUACUAAUAAGUUAUUAAUGGUAUUGUUAAUAUUACACACAGGCAUUUACUUCAGCUGUUUUCCCUCUCGUACUUUCUUUCCAAUUUCAUAAACUCAACAAUAUCGUCUACUCUUUGUAAUUCCUUUUCAUUCACAAGUGCUUCUCUUUCCAAUUCAGCAAAAGAAUCAUCUACACUAUCGAGAUAGUAUCCGUUUUUGUAGUACACGAGAUUCCCGUUAAGUUUGUAAUUUGGAGUCUCACCUGAUAUGGUUGACAUCUCGCUGUACUCACUCUCGCUGACCGAUACAUCUGCACCAGUGUUUGCCGAUCCUCUUAAUAUCUGUAGCCUAGACUUCUUAUUCUCCCU